AUGAAGAUGUUGAAACUUCCAGAAGAUUUGAUAGAGGAGAUACUCUGUCGUGUACCAGCCUCAUCAGUGAAGCAACUACGUUCUACUUGCAAAGGAUGGAACAGUUUAUUCAACGACAAAAGAAUCAUAAGAAAGCACUGUGAUAAAGCCCCAAAGCAGUUUAUGGUUCUCAUGCUGCUGUCCAACUCAUUCACAAUUCUUCCAAUGAGCAUCAUCCAUCUCAAUGGAACUCCAUCUGUAAAACGUAAACGUGAGGUUGGCCUACUCGAUCCGCAUCACAAUAACUCAUAUCGAUUCCAUAUAUCUCAAGUCUUUCACUGCGAAGGCUUGUUGUUAUGCGCCUCUUACAAGGAAUCUAGAUUCCUGGUUUGGAACCCUCUUACUAAUCAAUCAAGAUGGACUCAGUUCAACAAACGUUACACGGGAUUCACCUACUUUUUCCUCGGUUACAACGAAGACAGAAAAUCAUGUAAUAAGAGUUACAAAGUCUUGAGCUUUGAUCCUAUUAGCAUGAUGAGUGAUGUAGUAAUCCAUGAUCUUAAUUCUGAAGUCUCUGAUUCAUGUAGGACUAUCGAUAAUGACAACCAUCCAGGCGUGCCCCACAUUGGUCAGAGUUUAUCUUUGAAAGGAAAUACUUACUGGUUUGACAAAGAUGAAACAAAAAUAGAAACUUGGACGUCGUGUGCUUCUCCUUAUCAGUGUCGAGAAUAUGAAAACUUGAGUGUUUCGGUUGUCAGAGAAGAGAAACUUUCAGUGUCGAUACAACGUGGAAUUACAUCAAAGACUGAGAUAUGGGUGACAGAUCAAAAUGAUGAGACCAAAGUUGUGUCUUGGAGCAAGGUCUUGGUAUUGGAUUUGAGUCGUGAUCAUCAGAUUACGCAUUGUGGAAGUUUCUUGCUAGAUGAAGAGAAGAAAGUGGUCAUGUGUUGUGAGACAAGGUACGACCCAGAAGAGGAGAACAAGUCCGAAGAAAUGAUAUACAUUGUUGGGGAGGAUAGUAAAGUCACAGAAUUGGAUUUGGGAGUAGAUAUAACUGACAGGUAUGGGGAAACUAUUCUGAAUUAUACGCCCAAGUUUGGUUCAAUCGAGCCAGAUGGAGGCAAAAUAAAAAGAUGUGAGUAUGUGACUAAAUAA